GUCCUUGAUCGACACGCUCCCCUUAGACGUAUGAGAACUCGUGGAAAUUCUCUCCCUUGGAUUUCUUCAGACAUCAAGGGUAUAAUGAGAUCAAGAGACUUCCACAAAAUAAAGGCGGUUAGACAUAAUUCUCAAAGUCAUUGGACAAAAUAUAAGGAAUUACGAAACAAAGUUAAUGCUGAACUAAUUAAAGCUAAAAGAAACUAUUUCUGCAAUAAAAUAGAAGAUUGUGCUCAGUCCAAAGACAUAAAGCAAAGUUGGAAUUUAAUUAACCACCUCAUGGGUAAAAAUGUGAAAUCAAACACGAUAUCCCAACUUAAAACGGAUAAUUCUGUCAUUUCAGACGAUAAAUUGAAAUCUGAGGCUUUUAAUGAUUUCUUUGUCAAUAUCGGGGCAAAACUUGCAGCUGAAAUUGAAGAUAAUUCCCUCAACACAAAUUCUUUUGCUCGCGGAGAUUCUAGGCCUACUACCGACUCCAAUCUUUUUUUCAAAUUUUCUGAAAUUAACGAGGACGAAGUAAUAUAUCAAUUGCGUAGUCUCAAAAUUUCAAAAUCCACAGGAUUAGAUAACAUCCCUGCUAAAGCUCUUAAAAUAUCCGCGGACAUUGUUGGUCCGCCAUUAACUUGGAUAUUUAACCUUUCGAUCAAAAAAGGAGAAUAUGUGGAUGAAUGGAAAAAAGCCUGGGUUACACCCAUUUAUAAAUCUGAUGACAGGUUGAAAUGCGAGAAUUAUCGCCCUAUCUCGAUACUACCCAUUGUUAGUAAAAUACUUGAGAGAUGCGUUUUUAAUCAAAUUUAUAAAUUUCUUAAUGACAAUUCACUUCUUUCAAAACAUCAACAUGGUUUUCGGCCUAAACAUUCAACUCUCACCGCUCUAACUCAGGUGUGCGAUACUCUUUAUGAAAAUAUGGAUAAUGGUCAAUUGAGCGGCAUUGUUUUUCUUGACAUUCGUAAAGCCUUCGACUCAAUUGAUCAUAAUAUUCUGCUUCAUAAAUUAAAAGAUCAAUUCGGUAUAUCGGAUAUUGAGUUAAGAUGGUUUGAGUCUUACUUAAAUAAUAGGGAGCAAGUCUGUAUUGUUAAUAAUUCAAUGUCAUCGUCAAAACGGAUUGUUUCUGGGGUUCCGCAGGGAUCUAUUUUAGGUCCACUGUUAUUUUUACUCUAUAUCAAUAACCUCCCCGAAUGCCUACAAAAAACUACUCCUUAUUUAUAUGCUGACGAUACCCAAAUUUGCUGCAGCUCUAACAGUUUGAUUGAAUUAACCGAAAACCUUAAUCACGAUCUGAGUAGAAUCGGUGAUUGGCUUUCUAGAAAUAAAUUACAACACCACCCAACUAAGACCAAAAUAAUGUUCAUUGGCUCUAAACAUCAUAUUAAUUCCACAACUUUUGAUCAUCCAGUGAUGUUAAAUAACCAACGCAUCCCCAGAGUUCACUCUUUCACAUGUCUUGGUCUCGAUUUAGAUGAAAAUCUUAACUGGAAUUCACAUAUUCAGGCGAUUUGCAAAAAGGUUGGAGCAGGCCUGGGUACUUUGAGACGUAUUAAACCCUUUGUUCCAAUAACCACCCUUCAAACAAUUUAUCGAGCUCUGAUUCAGCCGUAUUUUGAUUAUUGUUCUCCCAUUUGGGGCGUCUGUGAUCAAAAUUUGAAAAAUAAACUCCAAAAAUUUCAAAAUCGCGCAGCCCGAAUCAUUGUCGGUGCAAGUUAUGAGAUUAGAUCUGCUGAUGUUCUUCAAUCUCUUGCUUGGGACAAUUUAGAGACAAGACGACGUACAACCAAAGCAACAUUAAUGUUUAAAGUCUUGAAGGAUUACGUAGGACCUACGUUGAAAGAAUCCUUGAUAAGACGCAAUCAUAUGCAAACAAAUUAUGAUCUUAGAAAUAGUCAUACAGAUUUGGCUCUUCCUAAGCCUAAAAGAGAAUUCCUAAAAAAGAGUUUUAAAUACAGUGGGGCUAAGCUAUGGAAUAGUCUCUCUAUCGAUACGAAACUGGCAGAAUCAAUGCACCUGUUCAAAAGCCAUUUAAAACUUAACUCUAAUACUAUAUAUAUUUGAAAUAUAUUGUAACUCCGUCUAACCAUAACAUCUGGGGUCACACCAAUUUGUAAAUAGUCUUCUUUUCCCUUAUAUCUUUUGUAAUUUUUAACAUUGUAGACGCCCCCCGUGGAAACCAACGCACCGUUGACGGGGCUAGUGUCUUUAAAUAAAGUUUUAAUACAAUACAAAUAAUACAAAAGUCCCUUCUUUGAAAGAAAUGUUUGUUAUUUCGCUGUCGUCAUGCAGUCGUUACAAUGCAAAUUUUAAAUUUGACCAAUCAGUGUUCGUUAUUCAUGACAGUCCACUAUAUUUUGAAAUCAGUGAGGAUGACCACCCACCGAACGGUAAACGAUAGCCAUGCGCCCGCAAUUAUUGAUAAACUUUAGACUUUGCUAAUGCGUUUCUUUCCCCGGGUGUAAAUAGCCAGGCGGAAUUAGUUCCCUCGCCCCACGGAACGGCGCUCUGCGCCGAUUAGGCUCGGGGAUUAAUAAUAAUAAUAGUAAUAAUAGUUUGUUUAAUAAAAACAUCAUCUGGCAGUCAGAAGACUGAAUUACAUGACGUUAAGUGUUACAAGGUUAUAAAUAGUAAAAAAUUCUAUAUUACAAUGCAAUUUAAAAAUUGUUAAUAUAUACUAUAUAUCAUAUACUUAAAUGUACUAAUCUAUAUGAGUUAAAAAUUCUAAAAUGUUCAAGGAACAUCUAAUUUGUAAUGUUUCUUAGCAUAAAAGUUGAUAAAAGAGUUUCCGAAACGAUUUGUAUUUGCUGGUAAAACUUCAAAAGAUCUUUCUUUUCGUAAUUCUCUAUUGCCUGCUUUGGAUGGUAAAAGUUUGGCAAGUUUAUGAUCAUCAUUUAAAACAAUGUCGUUGAAGAGAUUAUUGGAUAGAUACUCCCGUCUGUUUUCAAGAGUGGAAAUACCAGCGAUGUUAAGAGCCUCGUCGUAAGACAAUUCAUAGAAUAUUAUUUUCAUUGCUCGCUUCUGUAUACGUUCAAUGUUUUUUGCAAGAUUUCGUGGCAGGGAACUAUGGAAUAAUUGGCACGCAUAUUCGAGAACAGACUUUAUACAGCUGCAAAAAAAUUUGACCAAAUCUGCCGAAGCGACAUCAGCACGUUUUAGUUGCCUCAACAAAUAUAAACGUUUAGCUGCUUUGGAGACAAUUGAAUUUACAUGGUCUAUCCAUUUAAGGUCAUUUCUUAAUAUAACUCCAAGCGAUUUGAUACUUGUCACUCUUUCCAAAUUUCGGUCACCAAUACGUAUAGGUUCAAAAACAGGUGGUAAUCGUGAAAAAGAUAUUACCAUUUCUUUGCAUUUAAAUGGGUUUAGUUGAAAGGAAUUGUCCAUAGACCAAGUAGUAAUAUCAUCGAUAUCCAUUUGUAAAGUACUUUGCUCGUUUUUUCAACAAUUUCAGAGACCGUAGUAUCGUCGGCAAAUUUCCACAUUUCUGAAAGGUGAUUAUGUAACACAAGGUCAUUUAUCAUGGCUAAGAAUAGCCAAGGCCCAAGUCGUGUGCCUUGAGGGACACCAGCUGGAACUUGGAGCCAGUCUGAGAAACAAUUAUCAUUUAGUUUGACCCUUUGCCAUCUAUUACGUAAAAAGUCAAUAAUCCAGUUAACCACACAGGGCUUAAUACCAAGGCUGAAUAAUUUCGCAACUAAUGUGGUGUGAUCUACCAUGUCAAAUGCUUUUUUAUAGUCAAGAAAUACAGUGCGAACAGAUGAACCACUUCCAUCUGUUGCACUCAACCAACAAUGGAGCAUCGAUAUCAAGGCAAGUACAGUGGAAGAAUUUGGAAUAAAGCCAAAUUGUUGGGGAUCAACAACCUUUAACAGAGUUGGUUUUACUUCUCUUUCGAUUACAAGACGUUCCGCUAUCUUUGAUAGAGUGGAAGUUAAGGAAAUAGGUCGUAAUUCUCUUUCCAAGUCUUUGACAGUAGAUGUUUUUGGUAAGGGGACCACAUCGGCCAGCUUCCAAAUUUGAGGGACUUUACAGCUUUGAAAGGAAGAAUUGAUUAUAUUUGCAACUGGUGAGGCGAGAAUAUCCGAAUAGGUUUUUAAAACCCAAUUGGAAAUACCGUCAGGGCCACUGGAACGCGAUGUAUUAAUUUCUUGCAAUUUUCUAGCUAUAGUUGACUCGGUCACAAUAAUAGGCGUUUCAUCGUUGUGUACAAUUACAGCCGUAUCUUCAGAUAAUGGAACAUAGUUCUGUAUCACAUUUAUAAAACAUUGUUAAUUUUAUUACUGAGGUUUAUGUCUGUCUCCUGCCAUAAAUCUUGAUGGAGGCGGUCUUUUACACUUUUGUUGUUUAGUUUAGAUGUGCCACACAACUGCUUCACUUCCCGCCACCAAUCUCGGGGGUUAGUGUUACGUAAAUUAUGAACUUUAGAUUGAUAAUAGCUCUUACGACAACGUUUUUGUUCACGAUUAACUUUAUUAUGUAACAUUUUAAAAAGAGUGACAUUACCAGAUGCAAAGGCUUUUUGUCGACGAUUUAUCAGUGAUUUCAGAUUGCUAUUAACCCAUGGUCGAUCAUUAGGGUGGACUUUUAUUGAACGUUCAGGCAUAAUUAAGUUCAAACCAUAGUUUAUAAUGCUAGUUAAAAAGUAUAGUUUUUGAUUAAUACACCCUCUGUUAAUUCUAUUUUGAGCCUGCAUGACUUCAAAUUAUUUGCGUUUUAACAUGUCGCGUCACUGAUUAUCUCACCUCAUUGGGGUAAAAUCCCGAUUUUAAAAUUGCAUAAAUAUUACGAAAGAGUUUGCAAUACAAAUCGCCCAGCGCCCACUCGGACCACUCCUUAAACGGUGGCCAUCUUGCUUGACACGACGGGAUUCUCUGCCCAAGCACCCCCGCGCGCUCGCUCAUCUUAGCCACUGAUCAAUGUACACAAUGUACAGCAGCGACUGGCAAUCAGUUUCUAGUUAAUUAGCUUGCAUAUUCGCUUGAUGCAUGUGUAAAUAAAUUAAAUAUACUUAUGUGAUAUAAGUCAUAUAAAUGAGCUGUGAAAGACAUUGUUCCAACGACAACCAUCUAUUAUUUACAUGGUACUUCAUAUUAACGCAUGCACAGGCACGCAACAAGUGUCCAUUAUUAAUUACUGCGUUAUUUAUUUUUAUUUUUUAGGAGCUUCUUCUUUCUUUGUGAAACAUCUGCAGACAGGAAUGUGUAUUAAUGACACAAGAGUACUACAGACGAGCGAGUCUUGGGGAAACUUUUCUUUUGUGGAACUUUCCAACAACUGUCUGGAUCCAGCUGCUCAGUCUCGGUUUGUUAAUAAUAGUGCCAUGUUCAAUUUGAAAAGAAAGGGAUGUUUCGAGGGAACAAAGAGGAGUGGUACUGGUUAUAAACUUCCUAUGUUGUAUAUGCUCCUUCAUACAGACCCUUCAUAUAAUUGUCGUGACAAGGAACAUGCUAUAACCCAGACCUCUUGGGGAGGUUUAUUUGUAUAUUAUAUACCCGAUGGACGGACGCGGUGUGCAGUCCCUAAAACAGAUGUUCAACUUGCUACAAAUCCAGGAAUAGAUCCCUACAUCGAAUUAACGACAAAUUGUAACGAUACAGAGGAUAAACGGUUUAAUUUUGGUAAGUUAUUUUUAUUUGUAUGCAGUUAAUUUGUUUGAUGUUUUUGCACAUGAAAAGUUCUUAUUUGUAGUUUUGCAGUCUGCAUUUCAUAUAAACAAUACUUAUUAAAUUUCUCACCCACCAUUGUCGCUUCGCUAGCCUACAUGCAGGCUAUAGACAUAAAUCACAUGAAUUGAGACUUAGCUAUAUAUAGUAAAAGGUUUAUACCUUAAUUCUUUAUAUAUAUAUAUAUAUAUAUAUAUAUAUAUAUAUAUAUAUAUAUAUAUAUAUAUAUAUAUAUAUAUAUAUAUAUAUAUAUAUAUAUAUAUUUAUAUAUAUAUACAUGUAUGAGAAUAAAUCAAUUUCCUCGAGAACUGCUGACGCCUUAAUUUUAUCCAGAAGAGCAAAAACUGUAUAUGUUUUAUGUCAUCGAUAAAAAAAAAUAUAGAACGUAGCGGUCCGAAGACAGACUGUUGAACUCGACCUAUGAUUAGAUUUUCCUUAUCAAGUAAAUCACGAGCAAGACUCUAUAGUUGUCCCAAAUAUUUCAUAAAAUGCUGAAUUUCUAUAUAAAAAUAACAUGUCCAGCAAUGGUGUUUUUGUAUUUUGGAUAUAUUGCUAUGCCGUUAUCUCUUGUCCUACUUGAUAUUGUCAUUUAGUGUUCGUCAUUUCUGAAUCUUUGUUCUGUUCUAGGUUCAGUAACAUGUCAUGGAAGUACAGUAAAGAAUGCCAACUGUCCUAAAGAUCAGUACAUGGUGGUCAAGACUGCAUCUACGCGUGGAUUGUCUGCCACAAAAACAUGUAGUUUGAGUGACGAUUAUAGUUGUAAAGUUUAUGUAACAUGUCUUGUUAAGAAACAAUGUGAUGGUCAACAUGAGUGUAAUAUAACUGUGAAUGACAACUUGUUCUCUGGUGAUCUAUGUCCUGGAUUGUCAAAAUAUCUUUACUUUGAAUAUCAAUGUAUUGAUAAACAAGCAAAUUACGUUUGUGGUACGUUUUAUUGUUGUAUCGUGUAGCAGGUCGAUUACCAUCAAUGGAAACUCUAAGUCCAUCACACUUAGUACAUCAUGUUCAUAUAAUCGUGUGUGUUCUCCCAUUCAAUGUCCGGUUUAUCUUAAGCUAUCAUCAUAUUAAGUCGCAUUAACAUUCGUUGGUCAACCGUGUAUGAAAAUUGAAAUUUGUGGUUCUAGUAACUUAACAAGCAUUAAUUUUUCCAAUGAAGACAUGAUAAAGAGUUCAUAAGAUGAAUGAUCUUCAUAAGGUGAAUUAUAGUGAAGACAUGAUAAAGAGUUCAUAAGAUAAAUUGUCUUUCAUUUCCUUCUUUUUUAUAGCUUUAUUUCCAGAUAAACCUACAAACCUCACGGUCACUAACAUCAAGUCAAGAAGUGCUGAAAUAUCUUGGCUAGACCCAUACAACGCUGGAGACAAAGUUCUUUCAAGAUUCUUGAUUAAAAUGAAGAAAGAGAACUCUCUUUUCCUGAAUACUACCACAAAUAAAGUGAACAAAUACAAAUCAGAUAAUCUCACUCCAUUCACUAAAUAUGAAAUAUCCGUGGCUGCUGGGAAUCAAAAUGGUUUCGGUGAAAAGACUAUAACUUCGUUCGUAACAUCUGAAGAAGGUGAAAUAAAGUACAUUAAAACGCAGACAAUUCAUAGGAUUAUUUGUGAAUCUUCAGGGUGUGAAGCUUUCUUUCAUUUUUUACAAAAUCGGCAGUUGCUUUUGCACUUUGGUAGAUAGGUUGAUAGAUUGUUCCUUAUUUAAUGGUACUAAACUCUAACAGAAUAUUUGUAAUUAUUACAGAUUAUGACCUUGAUCGUCUAUGUCAUUUAAAAGAAAGAUUAGUUUAUGUCAUUUAAGAAAGAUUAGUCUUUUUAACUCUUCCUCAACAUUUCUUAAACGUUUCUGUCUGCAAGCAUUAGCCAUGCAGUGUGGAUGGUUCUGCUAGGCAUGUACCGCAUGUUGCCUAUAUGGAAUUGGAACCAUUCUUAUCAUGGAGAAGAUUCAGCAGAAUUGUACGUCAUGCCAGUGGCGGCGCCAGGCUUCCAAAUUUGGGGGGGGGGGGCAUUUGAGGGGCAAACUCAAAUUUUGGGGGGGCAAGAUAGAAUUCUUAAAAAGGUCGCCCCCCCCCAGGAAAUUCGCCCCCCCCCCUCAAAACGUGGCGAUAUUCGUAGAAAUAUCGCCCCCGGGGGCGAAUAUCCUAGGAAUAUCGCCUCCCAGGGGGGUGGGGCGAAUACCCUAGGAAUAUCGCCCCUCUUUAGGACAUUCACCCCCCAUAUAUGCGAUGUGGUUUAUUCAAAUAAUUUCGUGAUACUUUCAUCUUAUUCAGUAUUGCCUUACACGUUUGAGAAUUUAACUCUGCAAAACUAAAGCUUUUUUGUCUUUUUUUGAAACGUAUUAUUGGAGUAUUGGCAAGUUUUACCAUUCAGAGAUUUACAAACUAAUAUUGAAACUGUAAAAAACAGUUUCAUGUAUACGCGCAUUCACUAAUGAGUAAUGACAACUUAUAAGCCAUACAUUUUCCGAUAACGACAGAACGCUUGUGUAGCCUUUAGUCGCUCUUAGUGACUAAUAAUUUUUUUUGAGGGGGGGCAAAAUGGGGCAAUAAUUGUGGUACUUGCCUUGCCUCUGGCGCCACUGCGUCAUGCAUUAUUACCAGCCAAUCCCCCUCCCCAUACACCUCUAACUAGUGUAUUUUAUUUUAUAAGAAACAACUUACCAUAUUAUCUCACUUGAAUUUUAGCUCCAGAAGGUCCUCCACUGAAUGUCACAGUGACAACAGAAAGCUCGUCAUCAUUAUCUGUUACAUGGGAACCUCCUGAAAAGGUCAAAAGAAAUGGCAUCAUCGCCAGUUAUACUGUGUGUAUCUCACAUGAAGAGAGUAAACCUUGCUUUAGGGAACAUACUACGAAGAAAAAGAUGAUAGUCAUCGACAAUUUGAUUGACUCAACCAAAUAUUAUGUUCGUGUUCUUGCAAGUACCAACGUUGGUCCUGGACCUUAUAGUGAGAGUAAAGGAAAAUUUACCAAUGGAAGUAAGUGUCGCCUUGCGUUAAGACGUAAUAAAUAAAAGAAAGGAAUAACUUUAAGCAAUAUUUGUAAAUCGGAUACAGAUUUCGUUCUGAUUUAUAUAAACUUUAGCUUCGAUUUUCUCGAUUAGUUAGAUGGAUACAGAUCGGUUUCUCAUGCUUUGUAUCUUAUUAAAUAAUUCAUGCGUCUACAUAUUUUCUUACAGAACCACCAGAGGUAUCCACAAAUGGAACAAAAUAUACACUGUCGACUUUCUCGUUGCAGAUUCCUUCACGAAAUUUCACGUAAGUCCAAAACCUUUGAAAAGCCACACAGAAAUAUUGCAUCUUGCAGUGACGACCUGCACAGGACGUUAAGGCUGUUUUGUGAAUUUACGCAUUUUAUCACGUAGAAAUUUGUUUGUAGGUAUUUCUACGUUGUGGCUUUGAAAUCGAAAGACGGGAAGCAAGGUCAAUCUCCAGAAAGUUAUGGAAACAAUGACUUAGUGACGUACGCUGAAGCAAGGACGUCAACCGACCCGAAACCUUAUAUCGCUGCAAUAGUAACAUCAAAGGAUGAAAACAUAUUUAUACUUGGUGAUGGCAGAAAUACAAGUUAUCGAACAUCACGAAGACGCAGAUCAACCUUGAGUGAUUAUUAUAAUGGUCCGUUGGAGCCUGGUACUAGUUACAUUAUUUUUCAAAGGAUUUUUAUCAAUGACAAGGUAUGGUAUUUGUCAAGAGACUUGGUAUUUGUUUAUUAUCACACCUUAGAGGUUACGCUUUCCUUGCGAAAUUUUUCGGGAAAAAAGAGUCUGACCUUAGCCAGGGUAACAUACCUAAAUUACCCAGACACCUAAAGCAGACGCAGAGCAUAGUAUAGAAACAAAAUUUCGUCCACAUAAUUCGGAGAACAAGUGUUGACGUCACAUGUGUAUCUAUAACUUGAAAGAUAUAUUUUCUUUCACUUUUUUUACUUUAGGGCGAUUAUUACUCCACAGACUGGAGUUCUGCUUCAAAAACGAGCGAAUAUGCAGGUAAAUACAUGCAAACAAUAUUCGUAACCCCGCGAAGUGACUUGCUUUACCUAUAUUAUACCUAAAAGGCAUAUGUUAUAUUACCGCCUUGGCGAACUUAAAAUCUCGCAAAAAAAGCUCUACAGUAUAUUAAACAAUACCCAAUUCAAAUCCGUAAUAGAUCGCUCUAUUACUCAGUUUAACUCGGUAAUAGAACGCUAUUACUCAUUUCAACUAGAUAAUAGAACGCUAUUACUCAGUUUAACUAGGUAAUAGAACGCUAUUACUCAGUUUAACUAGGUAAUAGAACGCUAUUACUCAUUUCAACUAGGUAAUAGAACGCUAUUACUCAGUUUAACUCGGUAAUAAAACGCUAUUACUCAGUUUAACUAGGUAAUAGAACGCUAUUACUCAUUCAACUAGGUAAUAGAACGCUAUUAGCCUAUUACUCAGUUUAACUAGGUAAUAGAACGCUAUUACUCAGUUUAACUCGGUGAUAGAACGCUAUUACUCAUUUCAACUGGGUAAUAGAACGCUAUUACUCAGUUUAAUUCGGUAAUAGAACGCUAUUACUCAUUUCAACUAGGUGAUAAAACGCUAUUACUCAGUUUAACUCGGUAAUAAAACGCUAUUACUCAGUUUAACUCGGUAAUAGAACCCUAUUACUCAGUUUAACUCGGUACAACAGAACGCUAUUACAGUAUAUAGGCCUACUCCUUUCAACUAUAGGUAUAGUUAAUAGAACGCUAUUACUCAAUUUAACUCAGUAAUAGAACGCUAUUACUCUAUCAGUAAUAUUACGCUAUUACUUCAACUAGGUAAUAGAACACAAUUACUCUAUUACUGAUUUUGACUCGGUAAUAGAACGCUAUUACUCAUGCAGUUUAACUUCGUGAAAAACGAUAUUAACUGAUUUCGAAAUCUAACUUUGCAACAUGCUUUAUGUCAUAUUUUGACAUAGUUAAGCACGUACGUACGUGGGAUUUUUUGUGAUCUGUUGCACAAGCAGAAAUGGCGUCCAGUUCUUGUAGAAGAAUCAUCGUGCGUUCGUUUGGCGUGAAAUAUGGAAGGAAGGUAAGAACAAAGACGUUGUAUAUAUAUACGAAAAUUAAUAAGAUGACGGUGAUGACAAUUUUUCUUUUUUAUUGUGUAUUUAUAGUAUUUAAGUGUCCCGCACAACAUUUGCAUGGAAGUCUUGUUCCGUAUAACAUUGUUCAACGGUUGGGAUUGCCUGAACCUGAAGACUUAAAGAUAGAUACAAAGGACAGUGGGGUAUAG